UUUAUGUUUUAGAACAGAUGCUAGUAAGACCAAGAGGGAAAUGCCGCUUAACUGGUAUUUAUUGAACACGACUGGAUCUAUGACCAAGACCAACACCUAUGUCCGAAAGUACACGGAAGGCUCGAUCCUUAGUGGCGUGAUUAGAUCUGCACCCAAAGCACUGAAAAAGAGAAACACUUCCGUCAGGAUCUCGGAAUUGGAUAGCGUUUCAAUUGACUCAACUUCCUCGCCGAAAAGCAAGACGUUAAGCGGUGAGACAAAAGUGACCAAGAAUCCACAGACGACUAAGACCGUUUCAUUGGAAUGCAGAUUGAAGGAAUCCAAAAAAGAGCCAGUCGAAGAGGACUCUCCACAAAUGCGGGAGUUCUUCCUCGAAGUGCGACAGCGUGAGCUCAAGGACUACUAUCUCCAAAUGAAGGCUGCUGAAACGGUUCGGAAGGACUCUUGUGAGUGUCCUCAUUGUGGUCUGCCAAAGCUUGGAAAAACGGAUCUCUCUCAGAACAUUUACUGCACGGGAGAUAAGAGCUUGAAGCGGAAUAUGGAUCGGAAUUGUGAUCGCAAGCCAGGCUUUAGCUGCUGUCGCACUAGGAUUUUCGUUUCCCCUUCGUGUUUCAGUUUCAAUUUGUAAUCCAAAUCAUUCGUACCCCAUUGAACUGAAUCGAAUCGA